UUUUUUUUUUUUUUUUUUUUUUUUUUACGGGGGAAGGGGGAGUCACCGGAGCCCCGAUCGGGGUUAUUUUCUCUCCGCCAGAGGCUGGAAGAGGAACGCGGAGGCAGAGGAAGGAACGAAGGAAGGAAUAAGGCGGCGCAUUUAUUUAUUUGUAAUUUUAAUUCCACAAAGACUGAUCGCUGACUUUUACAUACACACCCAGCUUUUUAAUUGUUUGGCAUGAGAGGGAUUUUUUUCUUUUGUUUUGCUUUUUUUUUGUUUGUUUUCCAGCCGGACUCAACUUCACUGCAGCACUGCGCGUCUUUGCUGAAGCGCAGGAGCGUCGCCGCGACUCCUCACCGCUGCACAGGGAUCCGGCUUGGCGCCGUCUUGCAGUUGAGGCUGCUGGGCGCCUCCUUUGGCGGGGAGAAUCCGGGAGUUUGGUGCACCAUGGCUGCGUAUUAGAGGGACGGAUUUGAAGCAUCAUCCGCUUCCAAAAGCCGCCGUUUUAUUCACCCCCCCCCCCCCUCCCCGACUGAGAAAAAAAAAGGGAAAGAAAAAGGAAAAAGCAGUGGAUCCUGAUGGCAUGGACACUUAUGCAAGGUCUGCUGCGCUGCCGUGCCACUGGUGGAGCCCACUUGCUGUCUCUUCAUCCAACCGAAGUCCACCGCCAUCGCCCCGCAGCCCACAGAGCCCUGCCGCAGCGCGACCAGCGACCACCGAGCCAAAGCAGGCGGCAUGAGGCUUGAUCCAGUCCACUUUUCCAUGCUGCUCAUCGGGGUCUCGUUCGCCUGCUACUCCCCGAGUCUGAAUUCCGUCCAGGACCAGGCUUACAAAGCCGCCGUGGUGAUCGAGGGUAAGGUGCAGUCCACGCCGGGGAACGUGUCCGCAGAGCGCUACCGCGUGGAUGUCAAAGUGCUGGAUGUUUGGCCCGUGAACAGCGGGGGACUGAAGCGCGAGCAGCUCGUCACUGUGGGGGAAUUCGGCUCUGCGGCUCCGUGCGCCAAAGUCAAGAAAAACCACAAGUACAUCUUUUUCAUGGACCCCACUGACGAGCCCCUGGUUUUCAAGGCACUGUUUGCGCCCCUAGACACGACUGGGAAGAACCUCAAAAAGGAUGUUGGCAGGAUCUUGUGUGAGGACUGCGCGGUGGCUCCAAAAUUAAAACCCAUCAAGAAUCCAAUAGUUGUGGACGAGGGAAGAAAGCUGACAGUGAAGUGCGAGGCCACCAGGGCCCCGGCCCCUGCCCCUGCCUACACGUGGUUCAAAGACGGCAAUGAGCUGAAGAAAAGCAAAAGGAUCAAAAUAAAGAGCAACCUGAAGUCUUCCAGGGUUCAGAUCAGUAAAGCAAAACUGGAGGAUUCUGGAAAUUACACAUGCGUAGUGGAGAACUUGGUGGGAAAGGACAACUCCACCGGCACCGUUAACGUCCAAAGCAUAACCACAACGCCAUCUCCAGGCUCAGGCCACGCCAGAAAAUGCAACGAAACACAGAAGGCCUACUGUGUGAAUGGCGGCGACUGUUACUUCAUCGAUGGUAUAAAACAGCUUUCCUGCAAGUGUCCAAAUGACUUUACUGGUGAUCGCUGUCAAACCUACGUUAUGGCCAGUUUCUACCAGCAUCUUGGGAUUGAAUUUAUGGAGGCCGAGGAACUUUACCAGAAAAGAGUCCUGACAAUCACGGGUAUUUGUGUGGCUCUGUUAGUGGUGGGCAUCGUGUGUGUGGUCGCCUACUGUAAAACCAAGAAACAAAGAAGAAAGAUGCACAAUCAUCUGCGACAAAACAUGUGUCCCGAACAUCCCAAUCGUAACCUUGCUAAUGGACCUAAUCACCCAGGACCCGGCCCCGAAGAAAUCCCUAUGGUAGAUUACAUAUCAAAAAACGUUUCUGCGACAGAGCGAGUCAUACGGCCUGCGACAGAAGGAUCCUUCCCUGCCAGUCACACCUCUUCCAGAUCUCACAAUUCUUCCACGCGAGCCCACUCAUCCACUCACCGACACGAGGAGCGGACAUGGAGCCUUGAACGCUCUGACAGCAUCCUCUCGGACUCCCCGGGAAUGAUGUCAUCGUCUGUGGGGACCAGUAAAUGCAGCAGUCCUGCAUGCAUGGAGGCGCGGGCCCGGCGAGCUGCACACUGUGGUUAUUCUGACCCCCAUCGGCCGAGACUGCAGUACGGGGACUCGUUCGACUCGCUGCGAGACUCUCCGCAUAGCGAAAGGUACGUGUCAGCCCUGACAACACCAGCCCGCCUUUCCCCGGUGGAUUUCCAUUACUCAUUGCCCCCACAGGUGCCUACCUUCCAGAUCACAUCCCCCAAUGCCAACCACGCCAUGUCCCUUCCUCCUGCCGUACACAACCCCUAUCCUCUGGAGGGCGACCAGCCCCUGCUGUGCCGAUACCCGCUGCGCAUGCACGACGCCCGGUGCCAAGAGCCCUACCGGCAGCAGCGCCACACCUAUCUGAACAACAGCAGGGGCAGCCUGCCCUCCAGCCCCUACACGCUGGCCGAAGACGAAGACUACGAGACCACCCAGGAGUACCUCUCCUCUCGAGCGCAACCAAAGAGAAGCGGGUCCAGCGGAACUGGCAGCCGGCACUGGCGGAGAUCCAGACUGAACGGCCACGUGGCGCCCCGCGGGUAUGAGGCAUCUCAAGACUUUGGGUCUCGGAGCUGCCUAACGGGUAGUGAGUCAGAGGAGGAGGGCGAGAGCACGCCCUUCCUCAGUAUGCAGAACAUGAACGCCAAGCCCUCCACCAUCUACAGCCCAGUGGACAGUCGGACUUCUCAAUCGUCGGGGCGGCAGAGUGGGCAUGGCAACAUGUAUACAAGACUGACACACUCACGCCCCAAAGCGGACAAUACUCCCCACUAAAGAGUGUUAAAUGAACCAACAGAAAUCAACAUAGUAUAGACCUGCAUCUAUGAAAAGUAUUUUAUAUAACUGACAAAUAUUCUAAAGAAAUUAAGUAUAUAUUUAUUUUCAUUUGUCUACUAGCUAACAGCAAAGACUUUUUUAUAGGGAAAGCUCUAUUUAUAUGUACGUUUUGAUUUUCAGCAUAAAAAAGAUGUGCUGGUUUUUUUCACAAUGUUUAAAAAAGAAAAAAGAAAAACAACCAAAAAAAAAAAAAACAAUAGAGUAAUAUUGUGGUGCCUUUUGCUGUUUGCUGAUGCCAGGGGGCGAUCGGAGGUUUUUGUAGCCUUUCUUAUAUGGACUCCUCAUUUUUUUAUACACAUUUAUGUUUUUUCUGUCCUCUUUUAUUUCCUGUUUCACAUUCUUUCCAAACGGCAUUCUUUGAGAAGUGUGUAUCCUCACUGGAGCAUAACCCUUCCCAUAUCACGCAAUAUAAACCUUUUCAACCUAAAGUGUAUGUUUACAUUCAUGUGAUUCGCCUGUAGGGUUUAUAAUUUGAGAUGGAACAGAAUGCCUGAUGAACGCAGUGUGCGAUGUAGACGAUCGUGCCCUCUGACUGAAGUCUGCCGGGAUAAAGGAAAAGAGUAGAGUGGUAGACGGCUUUUGGUUGAUUGUGUACAUAAAUGCCUAUGAGUGUGUGUGUGUGUGAGAUUUAACCCUUUCACAUUGGAGCUUUAGCUCCGGUGUCUUUCGACUCCUGUAACUCCAGUGAAAUCUGAAGCGGAGAAAAGCAGCCUUGUGUUGAUAUGUAACACUUUACGUUAGUCAUGUGUUGCCUAUCGGUGCGAAGGUGCUUCUCACUAUGUCAGAAUCACUGCUGUGAUCGCAUGAAGGGUCGAAGAGUUACGGUGUGUCAAAGGGUUAUCUCCGGUGUUAUGCUACAUUCACAUCGGAAAUGUGCGUUGGAGCAUCUGCGCUCGAACUCUAUGUGAACGCUCAUCUAUGCCUUUUGGGCGUUCAAAACUCUUACAGUCUUACUACGCAAGUUUUUAAAUCUCUUUUCGGGCUCUAUAUACAUAACGUGCUAAAAGUCAAAUCAAUUGAACUUCGACCAAUCAGGGCCCCGGAGUUGGUAGUGACGUAUGGGAAGCGUCCUUUUUAAUUCACAGAAGGGCCAACUGGUUUAAAGUAAACCUUGGAGAAAAAAACAAUACAAAAUUUCGGUUUGUUCCUGGCCAGAAUUCAAUGACACCAUCUCUUCAUAUCAGAAUAGAUUAGUGACAGAAAAAGCCCAGAUUUGCUCCGUUUUGACAUUUCGCAUCAAACGAGUUCAUGCACUUGUGUUGGGUAGCGACAGACCUGUGUGAACACCGUACACUAAAAGUGUGUUCAAGAAGGCCUGUCCCUUUAGCAACGCGCAUUUUACGUGUUUCAGGGCUUACACAAUCAAAACUCUCUCACGCGUGCGUUCAAGCGUCGCUACGCGAGUAUCUAUGACCCAAAAAAACAUGCACCCGUUGACGGCGUGCUGAAAAUUAAACCAGGAUGAACUUUGAUGUGGUGGUGACGUAUGGAUGGUAUCCCCUUUUAUUCACGGAAGCUGUUUGUAAAUAAUCUGAUCAUGGAGGACAGUUAGUUGCAGUCUGUGCCCGGCCGGAAUACUAUGACACUAAAUGUUUCAUACAUUGGAGUCGUUUGUUGAAAGAAAAAGUCUGGAGUAAGACUCUCGAGAUUUGCACCGCUCCAACAUUUGACACCAAGCCUCUUCCAACUGUAGGUGGCGGACACGUGUUAGUAAACUGUAGAAGAGGAAGAAGCCCCUUCCUGCUGGCCCAGUGUGAACACCAUAUGCUGAAAGUGUAGUCAAGAAGGUGCAUUUAGUGCAUUCAACAUGCCUGGUGUGAACAUAGCAUAAGAAUAUGAGCAGAACAGGCAGGUUAUGUUUCUACUACUUUGCCCCAAUUUGAUUGCCCUAAUCUUCCAUUCCAAGCUACACUUCCACUCUUGGAGGAAAUUUACCAAAAUAGCUCAUGAUCCCGGUCUCUUUUUGUGGCUCAGAUCAAAAGGCCACGCAGUGUCUCAGGAUUUCCACAUUGCUUUAAAUCCACCCCCCCCCCCCACACACACACACACACCACCACCCCCACCUCUAAACAUUUACCUACAACCGAGGUUCUUGGAAAUCAAGGACCUGCAUGUAAACGCAGUCUGUUGAAACUCUCAACACCCCCAUGAACACGUGAAAAAUGAGGUGGAAGCAGCGAACAAAACAAACCCAACAAAAAUGGUGGGAUUGGUGAGGAGCUCCAAAAAUAUACAAACUUUCUAUGCCACUGGCUAAAUUACACCCAGGAUAGUAAGGGAUGUUUCAUCAAGUUUUUCUGUUCCAGGUCAGGAAAUUAGCAGCUGGUUGGAUUCAUGAGUUUACCGUUGACUGUGUAUGAAAACUGGACUGAGCCGCCCACAUCACCCAGUCCAAGUCCAACUUACUUCCAAGUCCAAGUCCAUUUCAGUCGCAAUACUGGCGCCGCCAUGUUGGAGCCAGACGACGUCAGUAAGCAGGGAUUGGUGUCUGAGUCAACGUUUCUAUAGCAACCACUCUCACCAAAUGGGGGGAGCUUGUAGGAGUCCACACCCCUGCCGCCUUAAAAUCAGUUUAUAACUUGAAUAACCUGUGUUACGUUAAAAUAUCAUGAAAACUAUCAAGAAGAUGUUAAAAUGGAGGGAUAAGAGCAAGAAUGGUUAUUCUGACAAAUACAAUGACUGAGUAUGAGCUGUUAUUUCUCUAUAGAACUCUAUCGGACCGUGGCGUCUUGCAGCGAGAGGGUACUUCCUGUUUGGUGUCACUCACUCCAGUUCUCAUAUACAGUCACUGGGUUAUACAUUUUGAAAAUAAAUGUCCUUAAAAAUUGAUUAACAGCUCCACAGAAGGUACCGCAGCAACACAAAGUUUUUGUUGAGUUUUCCUUUCUUUGUCGGUUCAUAAAUACCAGAAAAAGACCCCCCCCCCCCAGUUCAGAAGUCAAUUGCCCCACCCCUCUCUUUUAUUUCACAGCCCCCUCCUCGAUUGCACCUGAGCUUCCCCUCGCUUGAAAUAUCUGAACACCUCCUUUGCAUGUCCUUCUUGUAAAUGGGUGCAUGGUUAAUUAAAAAAAAGAAACUAACAAAUAGACAAACUAGGAGGAAAUGGUUCUUUUUCCAGUCAGCAGGAGUGUGUUUCAUUUAACAAUCAGCAAUAAAAAACACACACACACUCAAACUUCCCUCUGAUUCCUGAAAUAAGCCAGGAAAAAAACACAAACUAGUGAUGGUCUUAGAUUGUAAAACAGACUAGAAAAAAUGAAUCCACCUGUUCAUAUGGAAAAAAAUAAUAAAUCUUUAUUCAUAUCAUUUAUGUGGUAGUUAUUUCUAAAGAAAGCUGCGCUCUGCGUUUGGGUUCCAGCAUGUCUCUGGAGCACGCACAUAAAACCUCAUGGAAAACAUGAAAUCUGUUUAAUAUGACGGUUGGGGGAUUAUAAAAGACAGCAAAUAGCUAUUGUGGAGCCAGACGUACAUAAAACAAUGCAUUGUGUGAGAGCUCUGAAUUGUGAAAUUAUAGACAAGUGGAUGAAUUUGCUGUAGGGAACAAAAGAAAAAGCUCAUCCAAAUGAUAAAAGAUUGCUACUAAUAAGUUUAAAAAAUAGCUUUAUUUUCUUGACCAAUUUCACCUUUUAUAAUUUUUUUCUUUUUUAAAUCAAAGGGUCUCUACAGAUUCACGUGAUCAUGUAAAA